CUUGAUCAUCUGUCCGCAAAGAGCACCAAAAACAACAUCGAUUUGAUCAAUCGAGAUCAUAAUCAUGAUAAAGAUCAGAAAAAUCAUCAGUCCACAGCUUUGAACAACUAUAUCACCAUCUCAAGCUUGUGAGGGGUAACAAGCCAGCAACAGAGACAAUUGGUGACUCGACGCUUUCCACCUUUCGAUUCUUACAUUGACCUCCCAUUGCCUCAAUCAGACCUAAAAGAACCCAAGGAUACAUCGAAUUUGCAGUAUCCCUCUGGAUCUUAAGGUCCCAAUAUCUGCGAUGCCGUUCACUCACCACAGUCACUCCGGCCAAUUCUGCGGUCAUGCAAAGAACACACUGGAGGAAGUGGUUCAAGCAGCAAUCGCGAAAGGCUUUCAUAAUUUCUCUUUAACGGAGCAUAUUCCCCGCUCGAUUGAGGAUUUCUACCCGGAAGAAGCAGAUGUUCAUACCGAAGAGAGCCUCGAGAAUCUUUUCAAAGACUACACAGUGGAAGCCCAACGGAUCAGAGAAGCAUAUGCCUCCAAAAUCCGGAUAUUGUUUGCUUUUGAGUCGGAAUGGAUACGCCCGUCCGACAAGGAUAGGAUCAAUUCGUUAAUAAAGACAUAUCAGUUCGAUUUCUUCAUUGGUUCAGUGCAUCAUAUGCAUACGAUACCCAUCGAUUUCGAUCGAGCGACGUACGAAAGGGCAAGGUCAGCGGCAGGCGGCACAGACGAGAGAUUGUUCGAGGAUUACUUCGACUCUCAAUAUGAGAUGCUGCAGGCUCUGACUCCCCCACUCGUUGGUCAUUUCGACCUGAUCCGGCUUCUCAGUGACCAUAGAGACUCGGAUUUCAAGGACAUGAAGGGUGUCUGGGAACGCAUCGAGAGAAAUUUGAAGUACGUCCAGUCUUACGGCGGCAUUCUGGAACUGAAUUCCGCUGGUUUGCGCAAAGGACUGGCUGAACCGUACCCGUGCCUCCCAAUAUGCCAGACAUCAUUUACCAACGGCCGUAAAUUGCAGAUGUUCCUGUCCAUGGGCGGGCGCUUCGCGCUAUCCGACGACAGCCAUGGCAUCGAGCAGGUUGGCACCAAUUACCAUCGCUUACUUGCAUUCGUACAACGUGCGGGGAUACGGGAGAUAUACUAUGCUGACCGUGAUGUGCCGCUGAGCGCGCGGAACGACACCCGCUUCCCCCAUGCCGGCUUUCUGCCCAUUGCCGUAGACGAGCUCAGGGCGAUGCCGUUCUGGACGCUGAUAUCGCAGGUGGAAUGA